AUGCUUCUACACAUCGUCAGCACUGUCCUAUUCGCCGCGCAAGCCAUGGCUAUGCCCAGGCCAGCCAACACGAAUGUUAACCCUAAUGCCAUCACCAACACAACAUGUACUGCGCCGGGCGUAACUUUGAAUAGCCACAACAUCAACGUCGCCAUCCUCUCAAUCUGCGGCGGCAUCUCAGGCAAAAUACAACAAUGCCAGGGACAACCCACAACGACCACUGGUGCCUCGGGCGAUGCAAAAUUAAAUCUUCAAGUUGAGACCAAGGGCACAAAGAUUAUUAUUACAAAGGGACGUUGGGAAGGUUGUAUGCGUGCGGCGAGGGCUGUUUGUGGCGACAGCCCCUUUUCGAGUACGUGUAUUGGAGGUGCGAAUGAUAAUAAGAAUAAUGUCUUGUUUCAGCUAGUGAAGCAAUGA